AUGGAAGGGAGCAUCACUUCAACAGAAACUGCCCAGGGAAAAUCUUCCUCCUCAACGACGCAUGAGAUCCGCAUCACGACUGGCGGAAAGAUAUCAAAUUGGGUUGAGUUCGCGCUGAAGUUCUUGAAGAAUAGCCCGGAUGCGAAACUCAUCCUGCAUACACUUCCGCACGACUUGAAAGGCAAGGGAAAAGCGCCUCCCAUUACCAAUGAGGCCUCUACAGAGCAGGAGCAAACUCGAUCACCUUCCGACGCGAAUGAAGCCAAACCACCAGCGAAGAAGAGCGGUGGGAUCCAUCCAUCCACGAACGCCAUCGCGAAAUUGAUCACUGUCACGGAAAUAAUCAAGCGCGAGUACCUCAAACUACCGGACAGUACACUCGUUGGUCUUUACCAGUAUAACGAGUUGGGUACUUUGGAAGAUCUUGGAUUGGCGCCACAUCCGCAGGUAGAAGAGGAAGACGACGUGGAACUGGCGCGCUCUCGCUCCAUCAUUCAAGCGUUGGAUGGUGUCAAAAACGUCCGCAUCCAACGUACCCCCUACAUGCGCGUCACCCUCUCCUCAAAGGAAAUCCCAGAUUUAGCAGCCGUCACUCACCCCGCGACUGCGCAACGCCCAGAGAAGCGACGACUGUCGAAGUCGGCCAAGGGAAGAUUGAAGAAACGUCUCAAGAAGACCGCAGAGGGGGCUGUUGCACCAGAUCCUGGUGAUGGAGGGGAGACAGCGGAGACUUAG